AUGGAUUCUAAUACUUCAAGAACUAUUUUAUACCGGAACACUAAAUGCUGUGAAGAAUGUAAGGACUCAACUUCCGUGGAUUUGAGGAAAAUAUGCCAGUCUGAAUAUAAAUCUGCACCUACUUCUUAUAGUCAGAAAACUCCGAAGACAAAGGAGCAAAGUUUAGUAACAGAGGAACUGAAGAGAAGCAAUGCAAAGAAAGUAGGCACUAUUGUUUUGAGCGACUCUACCAAAACUCGGGCCAGGAGGGUAGAGCAUACAGAAGAAUGUCCAUACAGACGCAGAUGUUACCAAUGCCGGGACUUAGUUGUCAGAAUUCGGAGUUUGCUAGAUGAAAUAAAAGCUAUUAAAAAAAAUAAAGCUGCCGGUGUGAUUUGCGACUUCUGCGAAAGAUUAACCCCUUCGGGGAAAUGCAAACGAUGCGAAUUUUUAGCAGACAGAUACAAAAUAAGCGAAACUAUAGAUAACGAUGCCAGGCAGCAGAGAUUUAAAAUAUGGCUCUGCAAAGUGAAACAGUUUUUGUACACAAUUCUGGAGAGGGAGACAUGCAAACACAAAGUUUACCCGCAAUCUCCAGCAACAGAUGAGCUUACCCACCUGUUGCAUGAGCUCAAGUCUCCAUUAACAAUACACGAGCCAGAUAUUGGCUAUUUCCCAUCUAUAGACUCACUAGAAAAUAUAACUGAAAGCAAAGAUAUACUCGAACAAGUUCUCAUGAGACUUAAAUCCGAUAAGAAAUCUGAGGAAUUUUAUAAUAUGCAGAGUUCUUGCAUUUGCAAAUAUUUCGCUGACAAAAAGUUCGAAGAAAAACAACCGUCGGAAGAAGAAAAAGAAAUUUCCACUGAGAAAGUAGUUCCAAGGCCUACUCCACAGGAGACAAAAGAAAAUGUAAAGGUAAAAAAAUCAAAGGAAUCGAAAGAACCGCCUAAGAAACCGAAAGAAAAACCUCCAAAACAGGAAAAAGCACCUCCUCCCAAAGAAGAAAAGAAGCCAAAAGAGGCAAAGCCAAAGGAAGAAAAAAAAGUGGCUAAGGCAGAGCCUAGGAAACCUAGUGUUGAUGCUGAGGCAGAUUUAAUGGCGCAAUUAAUGAAAAAAGAUACGACUCGAAGGGAAGUAGAGAAGCCGGCGAAAGCGGCACCUCCGCCUCCAAUACCAAAAAUAAAGGAACUACCAACUCCAGUUCGCAAGAUUAAGGAGAUAAUCGAAACUGUGUCUGAAAGUAUUGCAGAAUGUGAUAUAGAGGAUGGUGAAGUAACUGAAAUGGUAAAAGGGAAUAAAAUUGUCCCCAUUGAGCCCCGUAAAGGGUUAGAUACUGGUUCUGUUCAGCCGCUGAUGUUCAAAGUGCAGCCGGAAUGUCCGAGCUUGCCUGGUCAACACGCUACUCCGAGUACAACCACACCUUCAGGGAUUACAGAAAAAGGGAAAAAAGUAAAAGAAAAAGUUGAAGUUGAAGACAAGUCGGGCAAAGGCGUGAUACGAUACAUGCUGUCGAAUAGAGAAUUCAUUGAAAAAGGGUGGACACUAUUACCAACCACAAAGAUAAUGCGACGGAUGAAUAUUUACAAGAUGGUGCCUGCGAACCCCAAGUUCGACUGGUUCGACAGGCACAGGACGCAGAGGCUGGUGUACUACGACACCGGCGAAAAGUUUGCCGAAAUACAAGAGGACGGCAGCGGGAAGUGGUUCUAUAAGAGCGGGAUGCUGGCGUUAGAUUAUUAUUGCGCUCAAGAUUCAAACUCGGGCCAUAGAUACGUCGUGUACAGUUCUGGCGAGAAUAAGGAUGCUGGGCGACGUCUACCAGUCACAGUGCUGGCGUCUUUCGACUACCUCGGCAAUGGAGUGGUCUACGAUCAUUACGGGAAUGAGAGAUUGAAAUACAACCAAUCCGAAGGCAUAGUGAUUGAUGAGAAGAUCGGGCCUCCUGGUCGAUGGAAGUGGCACACCUUGAACGAGCCUCCUGUUUUGCAACCAAUGUUCGUUGACCACCGUCUGAAACCAAGUCCGUGCCUUGAAGAAUUACUUCGCGGUAAGAAAGAUGAAGAUCCUAGCAAGCAUAAGAAAGAACCCAAUCUAGACAUGCUAACGAUAGAACUAGAAAACUUCCUAAAGGAGAAAGCUCAUAAGCUUCUUCAGGAGUUCAAGCCGUUCCAGAUCAAGAUGAAAGCUUUGAGGGUGAACGAUCAGUUCUCGCUGAAGGUUCUUGAUCAAGCAAACAUUUACUUGUUGUUUAGAGAAGGGCAAACUUCCAUCAAAUUGAAUCUAGGCAUGCUGCUGAUCAGCAACGAAAUCGUUGAUACAGAUACAGCUGAAGUGAGUCAAGUGGCAACCCCGUACGAUCGUCAUCCUCCGAAAUCUCAAAGCAUCGCUGACAUUCAGAACGCUUUAGAAAAAGCUAGGAAAUUGGGAAAAGCACGUGGAAAGCUGCGUAAUUAAUGCAUCCGGCCUUUGAAGGCAUCAAAGGGAUUUUUUAUUCUUUACUAAGUUUGUUUGAAAGAAGUUAUUUUUGUUGAGGUCCUUAGCUACGUAAGUUUCGUAGUUGUCGUGUUGGUUACUAGUAACAUUAAUAGGUAAGUUAUUACAUUGUUUCUAAUUAGUACUAUUUUGUCCUUGCUAGAUGCCUUUAUAAUUAUUUGUCAAACUAAUUAUUUAAGUCUGCCAAAACUCACCAUGAAAAUCUCCAACAUCGUAAUGCCAUUGCAUUUUUGUACUUAUCUAACGUAGGUACGCUGUACUUGUAAUAUCAAAUCCAUUCAUCCAUACCAUAAUAUUGAAUUCAUUAUUUAAUCUAGCUCAGUCCAGUAAUGGAUGACUGGGGUGAGGCGUUGUGUUUCGGAGCUUAAGGAAGUGAUCUUGACAGACAUAGGAUUCCGAUAGUGCUGCUGCAUUGAAAUGCAAUAUCGCUGUAGCCUACAGGAACGUCUUAGCGAGUUAGAUCCGUGGUGACAUUGAUGCGGCUCGUGCCUAGGGAAAUUAGUUUAAUAAUAUGGAAGGUCAUUUUGCAUCCUUACCUCGAUGCGACAUAGACAAUAAUGACUAACGAAUAAAUAGGGACCUUUCUUUUUGAUAGUACUUUAUAGUUUUCAGUUUCAAGUAGAUGAUUAAUUUGAAUUGAAAGUCAGAAGUGUUAUGUGAAAUUCAGUAGAAGUAAUAACCCCGUUUUUUAACUGUAAUAUCACAUUGCCUAAUUACAAUCCAAUAAUUAACCCAUUUAAAUAAAAAUGGGGUCUCUAAUUGUUUACAAUUACUUGAGCUACUUUGAAAAUAUUGAUUAAUUAUAGACUAACACGUAAGUUUCUGUAUUUGAGUUCAACGUUUCACUCGUCAUCGUCGAUCGUUUCAGUUCGAACCUUAUCUACGUAGUUA